AUGGAAUGUGGCGCCGUGAAGUUUUAUGACAAAACCUACGACGCUGUGUCUACACGCAACGAGAAACCCCUGGUCCGUUUCAGUGGUGUCGUCCAUGCGGUAACCACCACAGAGGACCCCGUUAUCCAGAAACUGGCCCGCGAAUCCAAUGGCAACGUCUUCUGUACUGAUAGAAUGGCCCAGGCAAUCAUGUGUGCCCACAAGUCUGUAGACUCCUGGGACCUAAUAGCCAUCCGUAUUGCCGACAAGCUCUUCUUUGACGUGCGGCCAGACUCCAAUUUCGAGCUCGUGACGGUUGCGGAAACUGCCGCUGAUCCUCCAAACGAGGAGCCCGGACACAUUAACUGCCCCGAGAAGUUGGCUCUGGAGGCAACUUUCAUUAAUCUCAAUUUCCCACAACAGGUCCUCAACAGUGUAAGUCGCAUUACAGCCGAUUGA